AAGUCACGUCAGUUGGUCUGGUACCUAGCAAAUGGCUGACAGACGCAGCUGUCGCCGCUCGUAUUGAACGUUCGGUGGUUCCGCAAUAUUUCUCCAUAGUGAAUGGACAACGUGUCAACAGAAGCUGGCUGCAACACAGUGGCUGACCGAGCUGUUAGCUUAGCAAAACAAAAACACAAAGUCACAUUGCCCGUUCUACAGAGACCGUAGCUGACUUUCUUGACGAACCAUUUUCUUCCCACCUCGAGAGAAUUGCGCACUUUCAUAAUACCACGAUACAGUGAGGGCAGCCUGUCUACAUCCCGAACCUGCAAAACAAUGGAUGUGAAAACCAGCGACGAAGACAUCUCUUUCAGCAACAGUGACACUAACAGCAAACGCCCAGCGGAGGACAUGGACGAGAAGCAGGCUUUCAAACGUUCACGCAACGCAGAUGAGAUGGUUGAGCUCCGAGUGCUGCUUCAGAGCAAAAAUGCGGGUGCUGUUAUUGGAAAGGGUGGAAAGAACAUAAAAGCCCUGCGCACAGACUACAAUGCCAGUGUAUCUGUCCCAGACAGCAGUGGCCCAGAGCGGAUUCUGAGUGUGAAUGCCAGCAUCGACACAAUUGGAGAAAUUCUGCUGAAGAUAAUACCAACUCUAGAGGAGUACCAACAUUACAGUGGGAUUGACUUUGACUGUGAACUUCGCCUGCUGAUCCAUCAGAGCCUGGCUGGAGGCAUCAUCGGGGUCAAAGGUGCCAAGAUCAAAGAGCUAAGAGAGAACACCCACACCACCAUCAAGCUUUUCCAGGAGUGCUGUCCACACUCUACUGACAGAGUUGUCUUAGUGGGAGGCAAACCAGAACGUGUCAUUGAAUGUAUAAAAGUUAUCUUGGAGCUGGUGUCUGAGGCACCGAUCAAAGGUCGUGCUCAACCCUACGACCCCAAUUUCUAUGAUGAGACAUACGACUAUGGGGGUUUUACCAUGUUGUUUGAGGACAGAGGCAGACGACCUAUUAGUGGAUUUCCCAUUCGUGUACGUGGGAGCUUUGAGCGAAUGCCCCCCAUUCGUGCCAACAGACCCUUGCCACCCUCAAGAAGGGACUAUGAUGACAUAAGCCCCCGUCGAGGUCCCCCACCACCGCUGAGCAGAGGUGGACGAGUUGGCAGCCGUGCACGUAACCUACCUCUUCCUCCGCCUCCGCCACCAAGAGGAGGGAGUGACAGGUACUCACACAGCAGUUACCACAGCAGCAGCAUGGACGACAGACCAAGUGACAGAAGAAGCAGAGGAGGAGAUCGUUAUGAAAGCAUGAGUGGAGGCGGAUAUGAUGACAAUUCUUCCUGGGAUCAUUUUCAGUCUGGUGGUAGAGGAUCAUACAGUGAUAUCGGAGGCCCAGUCAUCACAACACAAGUCACCAUACCAAAGGAUUUGGCUGGCUCCAUCAUCGGCAAGGGUGGCCAGAGAAUUAAGCAGAUCCGUCACGAAUCUGGGGCAUCCAUCAAGAUUGAUGAACCACUAGAGGGCUCUGAGGACCGCAUUAUUACCAUCACAGGAACACAGGACCAGAUCCAGAAUGCCCAGUACCUGCUGCAGAACAGGCAUGUGCUUCAUACUCAAACUCCACGUCCUCUCACUGCAGCAGCUCCGUCUCUCCACUGAGUACAUUUUAAAAUGUAACUGUCCAGGGAAAUGACUCUAGUGUGAGGCAGUAUUCUGGCCGCUUCUUCUAGACGAAAAGUUGCAAAGAAGAGGAGCGAAGCUCUGUUGCCACACAACUGCCGUACAGUUUGCUACUUUUUAUUUACAGCCAACCUUCCUCUCCUUGGGGUAGUCACUCUUCCUCUUUCUCUUCUUCCUCCUCACUAUUACACACUGCACCCCCUGUUCGUUCACUUAAAGGAGUUUUGAAAACCCCUAAAGCUGUCAAACAGCAGGCAAGGAGUAAACACAUUACUUUUGUGCUGAUGUAAUUAUUUUCUGGGAAUUUCUGGUGCUGCCAUUGGAGUGAACUCAAAUAUGUGAUAUAGUUCUGUGUUGUGAGCCACCUCCUGCCCUCAUCUCCCUCACAUCUGUACAGCAUGCAGAAUGUAACUUUUUUUGUAAAGAACAUGGUGUGAUUUUUGUUUGCAUGGUCUUAAAACAUGGUUUAAGCUUCUACUUUUUACUGUCCCUUACCUUCUACUUUUAAAUAAAAUUGCUCUUUGAAAACAGG